AUGGUGUUUGCUGAAAUGGCUUUUGCCUCAUCCUUGCAAGAAAUUCUCACAAAAUUGGACACCAGCAGCAAGAGCAUCACCAGGAACAGAGUAAAUGCUCUGGAUGCAGAAAUCAGAGAAAUUGUUUCCAAAUUCGAAGAUUCACUCGAUUUCCGCCUCUCGCGUCAGAUUUCUUCACAAUCCGAGCCCAACCAUCCAUCGAAAUUCUCCAUAGAUCUGCAGAAUCUAACUAGUGAUGUCGAUUCCUUCAUCCAAACGGCGGAGAAGAUGGAGGAGCAGUACGCCAAUUUGCUGGAGAAUCUGCUUCCCGAGGAAGAAGACAAAGCUGCUGAUUUUGACGGAAGCAAAUCGAAGAUGGUUGGAUUAUCCGAUCUAUUCGGUAAAUUCAAACAUAUGUUCACUGUCCCCAACUAUUUUGGGCUGCCGAUUUUCGCUCUCGUCGGAAUGGCGGGAAUCGGUAAGACUACUCUUGCUAAGGAGAUAUAUUAUGAUCAAUUGAUUUUGAGCCAUUUUGAUUGCUGUGCUUGGGUUAAAGUAGGUAGAAAAUGUGAAUUGAGUGAAAUCCCUUGGCACAUUCUUGCUCAAGUAGAUCAAUCUUUUGGAGAUGGAGAUGGAGAUGGUGACUGUAAAAUGAUAAAUCAGCGUUUAUAUGAUUUUUUGAAGGAUAAAAGAUACUUGAUUGUGUUGGAUGAUGUGUGGGAAACGAAGGUUUGGGAUUAUUUGGAGUGUUGUUUUCCGGAUAGCGAUAAUGGAAGAAGCCGGAUCUUGAUUACAACUAGGCUGAUGGAAGUAUGUGAUCACUGCAAUGCUAAAGCAAGAACUGUGCCUUUUCUGAAUAAAGAGGAGAGUUGGGAUCUUUUCCGGGAGAAGGUGUUUGGUGGGGAAUGGUGCCCUCCUAAACUCGAGGAAGCGGGGAGGAAGAUUGUGAAGCAUUGUGAUGGCCUUCCUCUCACUAUAGUCAAAGUUGCAGAGCUCCUAUCUAAAGUGGAUAUCACGGUUGAGUACUGGAACGAGGUGGCAUCGGACAAAGAGAACUCUGUUUUCCUGGAGGUGUAUUGUGAAAUAUCAGAGAUACUAUGUCCGAGUUAUGAAUACUUGCCUCAACGUUUGAAGCCAUGCUUUCUUUAUAUGGGUGUUUUUCCUCAAAAUUAUGAGAUUUCGCGGUCCAAGUGUGGAUGGCUGAGGGGUUUCUUGUGCCAAAUAUUGAAGAAACAUUAG